AUGUGGGGCUGGUGGCGGGAGGUGCCGCGCAUAGUCCAGCGUUACCCGUGGCCCACCAAUGUGCUGCUCUACGGGGUUCUGUACUCGUCUGGGGACGCGCUGCAGCAGCUGGCGCGGGGCUGCGAGCCCGACUGGCAGCAAACUCGGCGCGUGGCCACCGUGGCCAUCGGCUUCCACGGGAACUUCAACUACAUGUGGAUGCAGCUCCUGGAGCGCGCGCUGCCGGGCCGCGCGCCGCGUACCGUGCUGACCAAGUUGUUGUGUGACCAGCUGCUGGGCGGGCCCAUCGCGCUGAGCGGUUUCUACAUCGGCAUGAGUAUACUUCAGAAGAAAGAGGAUAAGUUUUUGGACCUGAGGCAGAAAUUCUGGAAUACUUAUAAGACUGGUCUCUUGUACUGGCCUUUUGUGCAGCUUACCAACUUCAGUUUUGUUCCCAUUUACUUCAGAACAGCGUAUACUGGACUCUGUGGCUUUGUCUGGGCUACUUUCCUUUGCUAUUCACAACAAAGUGGUGAUGGUACAGUGUCCUCGGUUUUUGCAUGGCUUAAGAAGAAGGAGGCCAUUGAAGUCGAAAGGUCCCCAGAGAAAUGAUUGCUUUUAAACAAAUUGGUCUCAUCAAGUGGCCAAAAUUUAUUUCCUAAACUGCAGUGAGUUGAACCAAGGAAAUAUUAUGUUAUUUAAUAAUUUUUAUGUCUAAAUAUAGCAUGUUUCAUUAUGAAGUAUUAU